AUCUCCAUCUAUUCCAAGCUGCUUCCUUCCUUUCCGUCUCUCACUGCCAUGGUUAAGGAAUCCGACGCCAUGCUCACGCCCGCCAACGCGGCUUCCCCGUCUCACCCGCCCCGGCCAAGCCGCAGAGCGCGGCCAGCCAACUUCCAGCUGAGCUAGCUCCUCGCGCAUCUCCUUCUCCCGCCACGCGCGCUGCUUUAAACUUCGCUUGCUCCACCCCCUCACCAAACCCUACAAAUAUACUAAUGCACUCACGUUCCCACUCGCCAAGCAAGAACCAAAGAAGCCAAGAGCUCAUCGCCAGUCCACCAAGAAAGAUCCUAGAGAGCAAUCGACACUUGAGCCUGCGAUCCAUGGACUACGACGUCGGGUGCGACGACCACGAGGGGGAGUACGCGACGGUGAUGUCGGCGCCGCCGAAGCGCCCCGCGGGGCGGACCAAGUUCCGGGAGACGCGGCACCCGGUGUACCGCGGCGUGCGGCGGCGCGGGCCCGCGGGCCGGUGGGUCUGCGAGGUGCGGGAGCCCAACAAGAAGUCCCGCAUCUGGCUCGGCACCUUCGCCACCGCCGAGGCCGCGGCGCGGGCGCACGACGUCGCCGCGCUCGCCCUCCGGGGCCGCACGGCUUGCCUCAACUUCGCCGACUCGGCGCGCCUGCUCCGCGUCGACCCGGCCACGCUCACCACGCCCGAGGACAUCCGGCGCGCCGCCAUCGAGCUCGCAGAGGCGUCGUGCCAGCAGGACGCAGGAGCCGCCGUGGCGUCCACGUCCGCCGUCGAGGCGGCGGUGCCACCGAUGAUGCACCAGCAGGAGGCCGCGCCGUACGACUACGCAGCAAUGUACGGCAACAUGGAUUUCGACCACUCGUAUUACUACGACGGGAUGGGCGGCGGCGGCGACUGGCAGACCAGCUGGCAUAUGGACGACGACGACGACGGCAGCGGCGCCGCCGGAUGCGGCAGCGAUAUGACACUGUGGAGCUACUGACUUCGGAGCAGACUUGAGCUGCUAUUCUAAAGUCUAAACCGUAGGAGGUUGAAAAAGAAAAGUUUGAGUUGAUAGGGAGUUUUGGAGGGAGGUUUAAUUUAAUUCAUUUUUGUAAACGACCGAACGGCAAAGGGCAUGCCAAAAAGCAUUUCGCCGUUCUUUUUUUUUUUUGUUGCGAAAUCAAAUAAAAAAACUUACUCCGCCUAAGGUUAUUUUAUGAAA